GAGAGGAAGCCCACCGUGGAUGCAGAGGAGGCUCAGAGGAUGACAACCCUGCUGUCUGCCAUGUCUGAGGAGCAGCUGUCCCGCUACGAAGUGUGUCGCCGGUCAGCUUUCCCGAGAGCACGCAUUGCGGGUCUGAUGCGGGCUAUCACUGGCAGUUCGGUGUCUGAGAACGCGGCCAUUGCCAUGGCUGGAAUAGCCAAGGUCUUUGUCGGAGAGGUGGUGGAAGAGGCCCUGGACGUGUGUGAGAUGUGGGGAGAGACGCCCCCGCUGCAGCCCAAGCAUUUAAGGGAGGCCGUUCGCAGGUUAAAGCCCAGGGGCCUCUUCCCCAACAGCAACUGCAAAAGAAUCAUGUUCUAGGCCCGAGGCCAGAGGGCAGGGUCUGUUUGUGCAGGAAGAAGUACCGCGUUCAUCUUCCAAUGACAGGAGUGUGUGUGCUGGAGCUCCUGCAUCUCAGUCCCACCUGGAUUUACCCACGAUCUCAGUGUCUUAAAAUGUGCAGUUGCCCUUACCUGGAUGAAGACAGCAGAUCGUUUCAUAGGAGCCUUGGCUAAAUCUUUGGGCAUUUUAAUGGGAUGUGGAGGCGUUUUUCUAUGUCUUUCCAGUUGGAGGACUCGAGGUGCCUGGGCCCAGAGCAUCCCGUGGACAGGCAGCCGCAUUCAGAGAGGGAAGCCCUUCCCAGGAGAUCUGUAUGGUUUCCCGCUGAAGCCUGGUGUAGCUGUCUCUUAGCUUGUAUGCUUCUGUCUGGGUUCCGGUGAUUGGAGCUUGCAGAAAUGUUUCCCCGAUUGUUGUUCUUCUGUACAUUUUCAAUGCUCAUAUGUAAUUUUGUGAGCCAUCACGAGAACAGUUAAACUGAGCAACUGAUUUCCAAACUGCAGACAUCAAAAUGAAAUCACAAAGCACUUUUUUUCCCCCUAAGUUGACUCUUCUAUUCCUGCCUGCUGUGCUUUAUGUCAGCAAGUGACCCUUUCCUGCAUUAUAAUGCAAUAGAGUAUAGAUACAUCAUGUAAGACUAGAGAGAAACCAAUUCCAAAACCACCUUUCCUCAAGCCGCCAUUUGUAAGGAUCAUAUGGGCGGUUUAAAGGACACAGAGAGAGCCCAUUGAUACUUCACUGUCGCUACACGUGGUGAUUUUUCCAGUGCUUCCGGAGACACUGAAAUUUAGUUGCAAACAUCGCCUUAGAGGAUUCUUGAUUUUAUUCAUUCUACCGAUGAUCCGCUCAGAAAAUCAAACCUGAGUACGGAGACAUUGGAGAAGUCGUUAAAGUAUUGGACCAAGUCGGUUCGUCACGAGUGACAAAGUUAUUCCACACUCUACUUGUACAUACUCUGCUUCACCUUCGUGAUGGAAAAGAGUAAUUUUUCGCUAUAGAGUAAAAACCCGAGAUUUAUUAUGGAAUCAGCGUGAACCUUCCCAGCACAGCUCACAGAUCGUACGCCAAAAAUUACCCUGUGAUUCCGUCUCAAAAAUUCUCUGUAGUGACCUGUGAAUUGACAGCUCGUGAGGACAUUCUUUAGUUUGGCUGAAACCAAAAAACCUGAAACCAUCGAAACUGAAAAAAAUGGAGUCUGCCAAACUCUGCCUCUUACCCUUUCAGCUACCAUGCCACGUUCAACUAUUGUACUUGAUAAGUAUUGGAAACUGAAGGUACUGAUAAUUUCAAUAGAGUUUCACCAAAGUAGUAUUUCUUGUGAGAAAGCCAUAAUCUCAUCAGUAAUGCCUUUCUAGAAGAUCCAACAGGAAAGAUGAACUAGCAACUCAU